AUGUGGGAUGAAAUAGCCUCAAAGUCAAACAAUGAAAAUUAUGAAAAUAUAAGAGUUUUAGACUUAGAGGAGUAUAAAGAUCAUGACACAACGGUACCAACAUUGAAUGAAGAAAAUGAAGAAAAAAAUCAAGAAAACCAAGGCACAGUAACAUUAUCUGAAGAAAAUCAAGAAAUAGAACAUCAAGAAGAAAGCGAAGAAGAGAUUGAAGGUGAAAACCAUUUAAGCUUUCAGACACCACCUGAAGGAGAAAAUUCACCAAAUGAAAUACAAGAGCCAGAAGUACUUGGACGUAGGAAGAGGAUCAGGAAAGUGCCAGCAUAUCUUCAGAAUUAUGCUUUGUUAACUUUCGCUGAAGCUGUAUCUGCAUCAGAUAAAGACAAAUGGCUAGAAGCUAUCCAAGAUGAGAAAGAUUCGCUUGAGAAAAAUCAGACAUGGAUUUUAGAUGUCAAUCUUAAACCAACCAAGUCAGACCCAUGUGUCUUCAAAAAUGAUGAGCAUGACAUCAUUUUAGCCUUGUACGUUGAUGAUGGACUAAUUGUUGGAAAAGACAUAAAUAAAUUAAGGACAAUUCUGAUGAAAAUUGAAUCUGAAUUUGAGAUACAAUUUUAG